AGUAGGGACCUGCUAGGGGUCUGCCCCGCUCUCAGGUACUGGUGGACCCCCAAAACCUUCAAGAGAAUCAAGGCAGACUGAAUAUUCCUGACGUCUUGAGGUGUGGACAUAAUGUAAUUGAUAAAGCUCUUAAUAAGUUGCAGACCAAGCCCUUUUGUCUGUUUGCAAAAGGCCAUAAAUACAACAUAUGCACUGAUAUCAUCCUCCGCAGGUAUCAAAGGGCAACUAGCUUCCCCCUAAGGACACACACACACACCCACACAUUCAUACUCCCCUCUCCUUUUUUUGUUCUUUAGUUUGCUUAGGUUUAAUAUUUUUUAUGUUCAACUUUGAUAUUUGAGGAGAAUUUGUGUUGCAGAAGAUUUUCAUUUUUAUCUGAAACCCAUUAGAAGCUAUAAAGGUCUGAAAUCAUUUUGUCAAAUCAACACUCUGCCUUUGUUCCCUCCGUCCUUCCUGUUGUAACUAUCAGUGGUUGUAUUUGACUUUCGCAGUGCCAGCUAUAAAUGGUGAGCUGCUCAGUCUCAUUGUCCUCCCUGUUUUAUUUGGCCUACCUUCUGAUAGUUACAGUCAGAGGGAAAUAGGAAAACCAGAGAAAGGACCCAAAAGAUAAAAAGGGUAAGACCAUGUGUUGUACGGGGAAGUGUGCCCGCUUGGUGGGCCUGAUCCUGCUGCCUACAGCCUUCAUCUGCAUGAUCGCCAACCUGUUACUGUUCUUCCCCGACGCGGAGCAGCUGGGAGUCAGUCAGAUCUCCUUCCAGGUCUGGCUCAUGGGGGGAAUCAUAGGAGGAGGCCUCUUCAUACUGUGCCCAAGCUGUUCGGCUAUCAGAGCUGGGGGCAAGGGUUGCUGUGGAAAAGGUUGCUGUGGUAACCGUUGCCGGAUGCUGAAUUCAGUCUUCUCCUCUGCCUUUGGCCUGGCUGGAGCACUUUACUGCCUCAGUGUAGCCUCAACUGGUCUGGCUAUUGGACCCAAGUGUCAGCUGGCUGAUGGCGGAUGGAAAUACCCCUUUGAAAACUUUGGGACGGGUAACACCAGCUACCUUAUAAACCAAACUCUGUGGUCAGUCUGCGAUUACCCUAAAAACGCAGUGAUGUGGCACGUCGUCCUGUUCUCCAUUCUGCUGGCUAUGAGUGUGCUGCAGGUGGUGCUCUGCGGCAUCCAAGUAGUCAACGGUUGCUUGGGAUGCAUCUGCGGGGACUGUCGUGACAGCAAAGAUGAUGAGGAUGGACUGUAAACAUGAAGACCAUCAUUCUGCUGUAACCUGGCUCCACAAGGGUCAGGAGGCAUUUCUGCAUUUCACUGGAUUUGUCGAGGUCUCAAUGAAGGAUCCUGGGAUUUUCUUUUGAUGCUCAGUGUCCAAAGCUUUACUCCAUUUCUGUGUGCAUUUUUAUGGUUUGUGUGCACUGCCUGUCCUAUUUUUGUUUGACUUCUUCAUUAACAUAAUUACUGAAUCACUAAAUCGUUUCCAUAGUGAAAACUCCUCAGGGGAUCAAUAUGGAUCAACAUAUAAUUGUAAAUAGCUUUUUAUAUUUGAAUGAAUGUGAUGGUAAACUAAGACGAAUAAAAAAAAAAAAUCACAUUAAGCACUAUUUUAAGUAAUUUGUGCAUUAUUGGUGAAAUGUCUCAAGAAAAGUUUGUUCCUCCCUUUACAUACACCUCGGCACUAAACAUGUCAUCCACUAACUGGUUAUCCAGUGGAAGGACGUCUCCACAGUUGCUACUGGGACGUUUGUAGCGGUCUGCCAGAUCUAACAGGGUCACUGGGGUCAAAGAUCCAAACACCCCCUGUGGACACCGUGACCACUGCAGCUGUGUAAAUGGUGCACACUCUGUAUCCGCGCCUGUUAGCAACAGUACAAAUUAAGCUCAAGGCUCAUAAUCUUUUGUUGCUCUGGAGCAGUUUUGCUGUAAUUGUUACCUCACUUUCAAGUUAGAAGGGGGGGGGAGAUGUGUAGGAAAAAGGCCUGUGCCCAACACUGUAGCCAUCUUAGCUAACUGACUGGCCAAUAUUAUGCAGCUCUCUUAUAUAAUACACAGCACAAAGCGAGGAAGGAGCAUAAGUGAAAGGAAUUUGGAAUAAAAGAAUGGUGGGACAAAGGGAGGGAAAUGGGAAGGGCGCCCGUUCUCAGCCACUUCUCAUGCAAAUCGUAGCCAUACUGACCGAAUCCAAGAAGGCAUAGAGAAGUACCAUUUAAUGGUGAUGUCAGUGCACACAUGCUCUGGGCGAGACUAAAUAUACAGAGAAGUGUUCCCUCAAAAAAGAGGAGGGGAACAAAACAGAACACUGUUGUUGGAAUUCCAGACUCUGUUAUAUUCACACUGUGCACUAAUUUAGACCCUGCAGUGAGGCCAGUAUUUAGAGACGUACCCCCUCCCCAAAAAUGAGCCCUUCCUUUCUGCUUUA